GUGCUGAUACCGCAAAAACCGAUUCUCUGUUAAAAGACAUGUCAUCAGUUCAGCUAUCGAUUGAUCAGCUCAGUGGUAAAAACCUGUCAUAUUUACCACGACUCAACUUUAGCUUAGACGAUGCGGAAAAGGAACUUCAACAACAUUUCUCCAAGGAUAAAGUUUUCGAUCGAAACACGGAAAUAAUUAUCAUAUGCUUAUAUUCUACACUUAUCAUUAGUGGAGUCAUCAGCAAUUUCCUGAUAUCGGGAAUUAUACUAAGAAAUGCUCAAAUUUGUAGUCCACGAUAUCCUUACGUCAUAAAUCUGAAUAUUGCGGACUUGAUUAUGUGUGUGUUUUGCAUACCAUUCACUCUAGUUGCUGUCAUCAGAAAAAGGUGGAUUCUAGGAGAAAUUCUAUGCAAAUUUGUACCAUUUGUGCAAGGAUCGACUGUUUUCUUGUCAUCCGCAACAGUUAGUGUAAUUGCUGUUGAUAGGCACAAAAACGUUUUAAACGCAUUUCCAGCAGGAAGGAAAAAGAAAAACAAAGGAGUUAUGUGUAGUAUUAUUAGUGUCUGGCUGAUUUCUUUCGUACUUUCAAGUCCUAUUUCUUAUGCUCAGACAAUCAAAAAUGUUGGAUUGCCGGGCAUAUACACUUACGAAAAAUGCAUCGAAAGUUGGCCUUGGACAAAAGCCAAAGGAAUAUACACAGUAAUCACUGUUCUUGCCCAGUUUUUAAUUCCAGCCCUAGUCUUGUUUAUUACACAUUUACGGAUCGAAUCUCAUUUAAACUAUGAAUUACGAAGAAACCGAAGAGCGACUAUUGUACUCUUGACUAUAACAAUUGUUUUCAGUUUGACUUGGUUGCCAUGGAAUAUUCUUAAUUUGAUUGCUGAUUUUCAUCCGACUUCCAUGAGCCCUCAAAAUCUUUAUUUAUCCUUCGUCAUAUGUCACAUUAUUGCGAUGACUUCUGCUACCAGUAAUCCUAUCCUUUACGGUUGGCUUAAUUCUAACAUUCGUAGAGAAAUUUUAAUCGUGAAAGAACGAUUAAGUAGUGCAAUUUCAGUACAAAAACGCAUAACUAGUGGUCAAAAUGAUUCAGUGGAAACCAUGCGAUGUAAAAAUAUGAACUUGCAAUAG